ACACGUCGGUGGACGGACCCCAUCAAUGCCGCUGGAUACCACGGCGGUCGCUUGCGCUGUCGUCGGCACCGUCAGCUUGGGCCUUGGCACGCUCGGCACCAUGUGCGGCAGCCACGUCACGGACACACCGUACUGCCCGCCUGUCCGGCGCGGACUUGGUCCGCUCUUGACGCUGGUCGGGUACGGCUCGCUGCUCCCCGUGCUCGCGUGUGUUGUCGCGAUCAUCCGCGACACGUCCAAGGCCAAGCAAGAAACCAUUGCCCUCCUGAGCUCCAAGCGGCAGUACACAGUCUACCGUCAAGGCGAGGUCGUCGCAACGCGCUUGUGCGUCUACGUUUACGUCGCCCACUUUGUGUCGAGCUUUAACAACUGUGUGUGGGAAGCCCUGGUGCCCAUGCUGCUAGCGCAACUCGGCGUGAACAGCUCGCCGACGCUGAUUCCCUUGACGACUGUCAGCGUCAGCAUUCUCUUUCUCCCGCUGCUCUCGCAGUUUGUCGACGCAACCGACCGCUGGCAACUGCUUCGCACGACGACGUUCGUCUGGCCACUGAUCAUGUCGCUCAGCGCCGUGAGCUUGCUUGGCGCAGGCAGCUCUCGCGCCGACCACCCGAUGCGAUCCGCCUCGCUCUUUGUGGCGUACGUCUUGGCAGCCAUCGCACAUUGCGUUCGAACGCUGCAUGCGCUGGCUCUGCAGCGGGACUGGGUCGUCGAGCUCGCUCUUCUCUCCCAGACGCCGCUCGAAAGCUGGAACGUGGUGCUCAAGCAGGUGGACCUCGCCGCGCGGCUCCUCGCGCCGCUAAUGAUUGCAAUGACCAUGAGCAUUCCGCUCGAUGACGCGGCUCCGUGGCGCAUCUGGCUUGGCGUCUUUUUCGUAUUGCAAAGCAUGCUGCUGCCGCUGCAGUGGGCAACGCUCCGGGACAUCUACCGCUUUGCGCCGUCGCUCGGCCACAAGACGCUGCACACAACGGCCGAGGUGAGCAGCGCGCGGUACAUAUCUCUUUGGCGCAGCUACACGCAGCACCCUGUCUGCCUCGCGGGGGUUGCCACGGGCCUCCUUGCGACCACAGUGCUCCGCGACGGACAUCCGCGCCCGUGGCUCAACCGGCACCUCUCGCCCAGCUGGGACGCAGGGGAUGUGGGGGGCGUGGCCAUGGGUAUGAUAGGGACGCUACUCUUUCCUUGGCUCCUCGCCUGCGUGCACCCGGUGGAGAAGCUCGGGCUUGCCUCCAUGUGGUGGUACCUUGCGUCUCUCCUGCCCGUAGGCCUCAUUAGCGUCGGAACGUUCCAGACGCGCGGCGUGUGGCUGCUGUUGACGAUCGCACUCUUGCAAACCGCGCGUGUGUGCGCCGACCUCGCCUUGGUGCAGAUCAUGCAGGAGUGGGUCGCGUCCACGCGGCGCGGCGCCAUCAACGGCGUACAAUUGACGCUCAAGGCCAUCUGCGGUCUUAUUCUCCUUUUGCUCGAGCGCGACGAGGUAGAUCUUGGUCUUUUGGUCGGCUGCUCGAUGGGGGCGAGUGCUCUCGCCGCCAUAGCCUACACCCGCUGGUACACCAACUACGUCUAAGCAACAAACACUUACGAGUCGACUAAACCUCCUCAAGUGAAUAAUGGUGCGAUGGAGAA